AUGAAAGACCUCCUCGUCGUCGUCGGCUUUGCCGUGGCCGUGUCGGCCUAUAGUCCCAUCGAUACUGAUUACCAUAAUACCUAUGGUAUUCCUGAGGCUGCUCGCAUCAAACUAGCAGAAGAAUCCACUGACUUCGAUGGCUCUAGGAUUGCAGGAGGAAAUGCUGCUCGCCUCGGACAGUUUCCGUACUUGGGUGGUUUACUGGUCUCAUUGACCAAUGGCCGUCAAUCAGCCUGUGGUUCGUCUCUUAUUAGUGCAACCAGAGCAGUCACCGCUGCCCACUGCUGGGUAACUCGUAAUGCUAGGGCUCGCCAGGUCACCGUAGUUCUCGGUUCCGUCACUCUCUUUUCUGGUGGCGUUCGUGUUAACUCAAACAACGUCCGCGUGCACCCCAGUUACAAUAUGGACGCACUUACCAACGACAUUGCUAUCAUCGUCCUAAGCAGCGUCCCUUUGAAUAACAACAUCAGACCCAUCGGUAUCGCUAGUGGUAGCAACCAAUACGUUGGAACUUGGGCUACGGCAUCAGGUUUUGGAAGAACCAGUGACAAUUCUGCUGUGUCUUCUACUUUGAACCACGUCAAUCUUCAAGUAAUCACAAACGACGUUUGCCGUCGCACAUAUGGUAACACAGUCAUUGCAACAACAAUAUGUACUGCUACUCCAAAUGGACGCAGCAUAUGCCAAGGAGACUCCGGUGGCCCUCUGGCAGUGGGAGACACAUUGAUUGGAGUCACAUCUUUCACUCAUCGUCAAGGAUGCACUCGUGGACACCCUGCCGGAUUUGCCAGAGUUACAUCUUUCAACUCUUGGAUUCGCAGCAACAUGUAA